AUGAAACCCCUCCCUUUCCCAUUCCCCUUAAACAUCGGCACAGACAUCGUCCACAUCCCACGAAUAACCCGCCUCCUAGCGCGCCCAAACUACCUCGGCCGCUUCACGCGCCGCAUCCUCUGCCACACCGAGCAAUCAGACUUCUACACCCGAUUCAGCGACUCCCUUGAAGCCCAAAAAGCCGCCCACCAACAACCGCCCCCCGUCCCGGCCGAUGUAACGCGCUGGCUGGCCGGACGCUUCGCGGCCAAGGAGGCGGCGCGCAAGGCGGCACCGGAGGGCGCGGCUUCAAUUGGCUGGAAGGAUGUUAUAGUUCGGGUUCAGGAGGAUGGAGGUGCGUUUGGGGUUGGGGUCAGUCGCAGGCCUGAGAUUGUAUAUCUUCCCCGCGGAGAUGGGGAUGAAGGGAGGGUUGCGAAAUUGUCGAUAUCUCAUGAUGGGGAGUAUGUUGUUGCUACGGUUUUAGCAGCUGGGUGA